AUGAAUUAGUAAAAUUAAGGUCCUUCAUUUUUAAAGUUGAAUAUUAAAGAAAAGGCCAAUAAUAAAGAUACCGCAGAUUAAAUUCAAGAAAUUUAGUAAAUUAAAAUUAUCAAAUAAUACCCUCAUAAUUAUUAAUAGAAUAAUGAUAAUAUUAAGUAUUUACAAUAGGCAACAUCACAACUAUAUUAUGCAAUGUUUUAAAUAAAGGAUAAAAGUAAUUUGUAAAUGAUACCAUUUGCUUAAGAGAAAUUCGAUGAAUAGAAUUGGCUUUAUAAGGCUAUUAUGAAUAUCAUUAAAGAAAAAUAAUAAUUCCUUGAUGAACUUAAAGAUGAGGAAAAAAACAAAUAUAAAUAGGCAAUCAGUUGGACCGAAAAAAUUUUGGACUAAUAAGCAGCGUUUGACGAAUUCUAUUUAUAAAUCUUAGAAGUUUAUAAAUAAAUUAAAAGACCAUAGAAUAACAACUUAUUAGUUUUACAGCAAAACUAAAACAAAGAUUGUAAUAAGUUUUUAUACCCAUUUUGCUUUAUUCAAAAUUUAAAUUUAGAAUAAAACUUAUAACAAUCAAUUUAAGAAUUAGAUGAUAGAGGCAUAAUUAAUUAAAGUUCAAUUCAAUCUGAAAAUUUUUAAAAGAAAAAUUUGUUUCUUAGUGUUGCAUCUGACAUUCAAUAAAUAGAUAUCAACUUUUGGACAUUUUAUUUGAAAGACUAUAAAGAAACCAACAAAUUAAUCAUUUUAAAUCCUAUUACAAGUGUCGAAUAGUUAAAUAAUAAUAUAAGCAAUUCAGGGGAAGUGAAGCAAAAUAAUACAAGCUAAGAAAAAUUAAAAAAUAAUACAAGAAAUGAAAUUAUUGUUCCAAUCAUAUAUAAGGAUCCAGUUUCAGACAACCAAAUGAAAAUAAUUUAUAAUUCAAUCCUUGAUUCAUAGAUUAAGAAUUUCAAACCCGAUUGCAUUUAUUUAGAAUUUUAAAUAUCAAAUGAUUUCAAAUUAGAUUUCCCUGCUCUAGAAUAUCUUAUUAGAAAACUAUAAAGGAAUGCAAGAUUAACUAUUCAUUUUAGAAUUAGCUUAGACAAAAACGUUUCAGAAUAAGAUCUAUCACUUUAUUUAAAUGCAAUAAUUAUGGGACUGUAAGGAUUCAGACAUCCAGAGAGAAAAUUUAUAAAUGAUAAUGACUAUAAAGGGUUGGUAGAUUGGACAUCUAAAAUGACGAAAUUGAAAGAUUACUAAAAUAAAAAUACCAAAUAAUCAUUCCAAACUACAUUACAAUAAAUUUAAACUUGCCUUCAAAAUACAUAAGAAAAAAAUUUUGGAAUUAUAUAAGGAAAGGAUGAAUUUAAAUGGUUAUAGAAAGAUAAUUGUAAUAUUAAUUCUUAGCAUUUGGUUUUUGAAAAAAAUAUUGUGGUUUAUGAUAAAACAUAAAAUAAAAUUUGGUAUAGUAGUUAUUCACCUAACCUCAUGAACGAUAAUUCUGAAGGUGUUCCUUUAAAACUUUAAUUCUAAGUGAUCGGAGAUGAUGAUCAUGAAAAUCCUAUAGAACCCAGUAUAAUAGAGCUAAAAAAUCAUUUGAUUAUUGCCUAUGGGCACACUCAAAAUGAUAAACAUUUUUCGGAUAAAAUAUGGAGAUGCGAUUUACAAAAUAAAGACUAUAGACCUAUUGAAAUGAAUCGUAAUGAGGAAUACUAAUAAUUUAGACAUACUUACUAUUAAAAAUUUAAAGAUUCAAAUGAGAUUGUAAAUAAAAUUAAAUGGAGAAGGGCUCCAUAAAUUUGUAAGAACAAUUUGUUUUAAGAUAACGAAAACUUUUUAUCUUUCCUACUCAUAGGAGGGGAAACUCUAGUGUAAGAAAAGGAUGGGUAAUCCAAUCCUAAUCUAAUAAUGAAUAUAAUAGAAGUUGUGAUUUUGAAUCUGCAAGAUAAUAAAUUUUGCUCUUUCAUCUUGAAUAAAUAAUCAUAAGGUAAAUUUUCUUCUUUAAAACCUUGGCCAUAUUAAACUGUUCUUGAAGGAAAAUUAAAUAAUGCAUGUUUUUAUUUGAUUUUAAAUGGAAAUUAAAAUAUGAGGAAAAAUUAUUACUCUUUUCCAAAAAACCCACAAUAUCUUAAGUAAGUAUAGCUCAUAGUUUAAUCAGAAAGUUCAUUCUAACUUUUCUUCCCAUAUAUAAAAUUUACAGAAGAUUUGAUAAUCUAAAUAGACGAACUAAUUGAUGAUUGUAAAGUUUAAUAUUUUGAUGAAGAGUCAAGUGGGGAAAAUUGUUUUGUGUGGAAACUUUUAAUCACUAGAUAUGUUUUCAAUGAAUUUUCAUUACCAAACCAUCCCUUAUUUAAGAAAUUUGAAGAAAAAUUGAAAAAGAUGUAGUAAUAGAGUAUUCAGCAUUGUUUGGUGUGCUUUUAAGUAUCUGUUAAACUGAAAUUAUAAGUUUCAGAAUAAAAUCCUUAAAAUUACUAAGACUCUAUUGUAGAAAUAGAAUAUGAGAAAAUCGAAGUUUUGCAGUAAAAUAAUAAUAACAAUUGA